AGUAUCCAUGGGGAUCCUUUCAUUCGAUACAACUGUGAAACAAUUCAAUAGAGAUAUGAAAGCGAUUGGUGGUACAAUACCAGGUAAGAAGGCGAAGAAGAUCAUUGAGGCGGAGUCUUCUAAGGGUUUUAAGGUGGAGGCAAAGUACACUUGCAAGGGGUAUCCACCAGCCUUGCAAUAUUGGGCAUACGAGACGAUUCUUGAUUUACAGAAGGAACACGCCAAGCCCUGUGGAUUCAAGUUCCCUAGGAUGCUACAGUGGGAGAGCAUAGGCCAGCCGAAGCAUUUGCAUUUGAAGGAUGUACUUGCGAGGAGACAUUUGUCAUGCAUUUCUAUCCUAAGGCCUCGACCAAAUGAGCGAGACUUCUUUGAUGCCGUAUAUCAGAGGACAGAGGGGGAUGCUCCUAGGUAUGUGAUGUUGCAGAAUAUGAUCCAGCCUGCACCAGAGGAUGGAAGACCUUACGAUCCUGAGGCAGAGGCUGUUGCGGUGGCUGAGAUAGCCGUUGAGGCUGGCAUAUUUGUGGAGGAUGCCCCGACAGAGUCUGCUCCAGAUACUAUGGACGAUGUUAAGGCCACUCUAGGUAUCGUCCUUAAAAAUCAAGAAGUCAUAUUAGAGAAGCUGGCAACACUAGGUAGUAUACCUACUCCUGCACCUACUCUUGCACAUACUCAUGCACCCACUCCAACAGAUGAUGUAGAGUACGACAUUCUCCCCUCAUGUUACGAGCCUUAUGUUGGAGAAGCCACACCUUCUCAGCCAGUGCAGACGGUCUUAGGUACGACUAAUCCAUGA